AUGUUCAGUUGGAGCAAAGCCCCCGCGAGGGGCUUGGGGAAGGCCACGCAGAUUCUCCCCAAAUUCGAUAGCACGAAGCAGUCGAUUGCGACAAAUACAACGGCCAACUUUACGACAUGUCCUCACCUGGAGACACUGCACACACGACAAGCGUCGAGUGCAGCAAAAGAGCGAAAGCGCACCGAGCGCGAGCACCUGACGCGUCUUCUCAAGGAAUCACCUGGCAAUCGCGAUGCGAGGAACUUUUUCAAGCAAUUUGAACCCCCACAGGAGACGAAGUCAAUCCCUGCUGCAGCCGCAAAGCCUGCUACAGGCGCUGUUGGGCAGAAUGAUACAGGCGCAGUGCGCUCCGGCGUAAAUCUAGGCGUACUCUACCAACCUACAGUCUUCACCAGAGAGCCCAUACCGGAGGAAAAGUACCAGGAGGAAGAGCCCGAGACGCCACUUCAUCUGGCGCUCAUCAAGCUGCGACAGCCACAGACGCUCGACGAUCGCACUCUAGGAGACAUUGCCUUGACCCUCAGCCAAAUGGCGCAACUUGGUAUGAGCACUGCAGUUGUGCUGGACUGUGAUGAGGAAGCUGUUAUGCCAAACGCCGUCUUGGACCCAGAGUUUGCAGACUUGGUCGACGAGCAAGCAGAACGCCUGGUAGCAGCGCUGGAACGACACCAUGAGCCCGGAGCACUGCUUGUUCAGCACGCACUGAGCCACACACAUCUGACAAACGAGGCACCGAGUACAGCCUCAGCUCGAGGAGGAGUGACAGUUCAAAAUGGCUUUCUGUUGUUUCCACCGAUUGACGACGGAAUCAUCCCAGUCAUUACCCCAUUUGCUUUCAAUGACACCUACAAGCGUAUUAGGGUGCAAGCAGAUGAUGUCUUACUUGCCUUGAUCAGAGAGCUUGCGGGUAUCACUGACCAAGCGAAUGGCGGACCAGUUCAAGAGCUUCCCAGCAGCAAACACAGCAAUCACAAUGAGGCCAACAAAACACGUAUUCUCGACCGGAUCAUCAUUCUCGACCCUCUUGGUGGCAUACCAUCGGAAAGCCGAGCCGAUGGUGCGCACGUCUUUGUCAACCUGGAAGCCGAGUAUCGUGACAUCAGGAAAGAUCUACAGCGUCUUACGCUGACAGCUCCCGGGAACGACAGCUUCGGUAACCCACUGUCACUAGGUCGCGGUACUCGCUUAUCGAAGUGCGUGGAGAAGGAUAUGGCAUCACUGUCCCAAUCAAAUUUACGACAGCUCGAUGGUUCGGCACCUGCACGACAUUUGAAGAACCUUGAUGUCGUGGAGCGAGGCUUGAAACUGCUUUCACCAUCAUCAUCAGGCCUCAUACUCACUCCUCUCGACGCUGCAACAAAAGCGAUUCCAGACGAUGAGCAAAAGACGCCUGCAAAGAACCCACUGCUUCACAAUCUGCUAACAGACAAGCCCAUGAUCUCGUCCUCACUUCCCACAUCGCCAGCGACUCGGUUUGUCGGUUCAGCGUUGCCCAAGCCUGCCACUUUUCUCAAGAAAGGUAUCCCCUUGACCAUGAUACCUGAUCCGCGCGUUACGGGAGCAUGGCAACCACCUUCUUCAUCAAACCCUAGUAUAGAACUAGCCAAUGAUCCACGCAUCAACUUCCCCAAACUCGUUGAACUCAUUAACGACUCCUUCCGUCGCAAACUCGAUGCGAAACACUAUCUUGAACGCAUACACGGCCGCGUUGCUGGCAUCAUCAUUGCAGGGGACUAUGAAGGUGGCGCCAUAUGCACUUGGGAAACCCCAUCUUCGCUUCGUGGUAUGGCGGGCCCAGAUGGUGCUACGCCAGACUCGCCAUACUGGAUUCCUUAUCUCGAUAAAUUUGCUGUUCUCACAUCAUCCCAAGGUUCAGGCGGCGUAUCCGACAUCGUCUGGGCUGCAUUGACACGCACAUGUUUUCCUGACGGUGUGGUGUGGAGAAGCCGCACAAGUAACCCCGUGAAUAAGUGGUAUCAGGAGCGAAGCAAGGGGAUGUGGAAUCUCCCUGGAAAUCAAUGGACGAUGUUUUGGACCAUAGAGGGUGUGCAUCAGCGAUGGGACACUGAGCAGUGGGGCACGGGCACAAAGAAGGAUUUAACGAAAUGGGAGGCGUACAUUGAUGUGUGCAGUGGAAUACAACCUAGUUGGGCGGAUGACUGUUGGAAAGCCGAUGCAUCGAUACCCCUCGUCUUGUCACUUGAAACACCCUCCAACGAUCAUGCGUUUAUCCAUCGCUGCUCCAAAGGAUGCUUCCAACUUCAAGUUGGUAUUGCUUAUGUUUCCCAGCCAAAGAAGCAGUGA